AUGGUUAGAAUCUUAGGCCAAUGUGGAUCAGCUCUGACUAACGUCCUGCAAAGCAAGUUUGGAUGCACUACUGUGCUCCAUGGUGUAGAUGCCACCUGUGCAGGGCAGUCGAGGAAGCCCUCUGUCUUCCCAGAGGAAAGGUUUUCUAUACAUCUAUCUAAGAGCUUCAAGGUGUCUGUGUGGAAGGAUGACCUUACCUCUCACCGUGUUGAUGCUGAGGUCAAUGCUGCCAACAACUGGCUAAAGCAUUGUGGAGGUCUCGCAAAAGCGCUUAGCGAUGCUGGUGGCCCAGCUAUCCAGCAAGAUAGUGACCAGUACAUUUUCAGAAAAGGAAAGUUGUCAAUAGGAGAUGCUAUCAUUAACAUCGCCCCACCUGGAUACCUUCCAUGCAGGAAGAUCAUUCAUGCUGUGGGUCCAAACCUUCCAUACAACAACAGAAAAUCUGAAGUUGAUAAUGUCACACCACAACUCCAAAGGGCUGUUUUAAUCAUUCUGAAAGUGGUCAAGCAAGAUAAUCUGCAGUCAGUUGCCAUUCCUGCCAUAAAUUCUGGCCUCUUCAACUAUCCCUUGCCACUCUGUGCAGACGUCAUUGUUAAAACCCUGAAAGAGUACCAUGCUUCCAUGCUUCUGAGUCUUGGUGACAUUUUCUCGAAGUGUCUGAGCAUGGCACAAAAAAGUGCCUUCCCAGCCAUUGGUACUGGAGUGCUGGGCUUCAGCAAGCAGGAGGUUGCAAAGAUCAUGAUGGACACAGCAGUGACAUUUUCCCAGCACAACAAUGGAAUGAAUAUGGAUAUUUUUAUUCCAAGAGGAGGUGCAUCACCGUAUAUCGAGCUCAGCAGUGCCCACAAUGACAUAUUGAGGGAGGCCAAAUGUUGGCUCACUUAUGCUUUCAUGAUGCCCUCUGAGAACUUCACCAUUCUCAAUGGUUUCAUACAGCACUUUGGUCAGAGGGAAUUUGACAAGCUGCUUUCCCUUCAAACCAAGUGGAAUGUUUCCAUUGAGGAGUUCUUUAAAGAUGGCCGUGCUGGUGUGAUCAUCCAGGGGUCUUCUAGGGGUGUCAGAGCUUCUGUGUUAGAGUCGGAAGCCAUUUUCUGCAAAGUCCAAGAGGAUUUUGCAAAGAAAGAGGAGUGUGACAUGGGCCUGAAAUCGUCCAACAAUUUCUCAAGGACGCCUGUAGAGAAUAACAGCUCAGACGAUUUUUCCGGGCUUGAAAUUGUCAGGGUUGAGAAGGUGGAGAAUAGCACUCUGAAGCAUCUCUUUGAGCUAAAGAAGAGACAGUUUCAGUCUGCCUCUUCACAACGAAUGUACCAGCGCCUGCCAGCGCAAUACUGUGACCUGGUCAGUCGAGUGGGCUUCCAGAGGGAGUUUGCACCACCUGACGAGCAAAAUCAUGGAGAGGGGAUCUACUUCGGUAGCAGUGUGCAUGGGACAGAGAAGCUGUGGAGGGGCUUGGCUGAUGAAGAGUACCUGUACUUUUUUGCAGCACAGGUGCUGACAGGGAAGUCUACUAUUGGCAUACCAGGUCUUAUUGUACCACCGGAGACCCCCAGUGGAGACCCCCUAACCCUGUAUGACAGUGUGGAAGGGGGCGUAGACACCUGUGUCAUUUUCAAUGGUCACCAAGCUCUACGGCUUCAGUUUACAGCCAACUAAAUUCUAUUGCAGUUUCAAUGGGUAUGUUAUGAAUUUAGCAGUGGGGUUUGCAUGUAUACUGAAGAAAAAUAUAAACACAACAAUUUCAAAGAUUUGACUGAGUUGCAAUUCAUAUAAGGAAAUCAGUCAAUUUAAAUAAAUAAAUUGGGUCCGAAUCAUCUACAGAUUUCACAUGACUGGGAAUACAGGUAUGCAUCUGUCACAGAUACCUUAAAGUAUGGGGAUGGAUCAGAAAACCAGUCCAUAUCGGCUGUGACCACCAUCUGCCUCAUGCAGCGCGACAUAUCUCCUUUGCAUAGAGUUGAUUGUGGAAUGUUGUCCCGCUCCUCUUCAAUGACAUGUUCCCCCACCCAACAGCUCGCAACCGCAAACCAUGUGAUACAGGUUGGAAAGUCAACACACUUUCUGUACAGAUGAAGCCAAUGCUUCCAUGCAAAAGAGGUUUUGACAUUUAAAUCCAGUCAAUGUAUAUUCAGAAAGUAUUCAGACCCCUUGACUUUUUCCAUAUUUUGUUACAUUACAGCCUUAGUCUAAAAAAUUGAUUUAAUUGUUUUUCUCAUCAAUCUACACACAAUA